AUGACCAAAAGAUUAACUAAGCAAUUAGAGCAGCUAAUCACAAACACUAAAACCAAAGUUGAUAAUCUAGAAUAUAUAGUCAAUCUACUUCUGAAAAUUCAAAAACAAAUUAGCAAACUUAAACCUAAAAGUAAUAAUUAUUAUCAUCUACAAAGACAAUUAACUGCCUUUUAA